AACAAGAUCAAAGGCUCGGAUGCCGUCGGAUGUACUGAGCCCAUUCACUGGAUGUUCUCAUUCUGGAGGAGAAGACCGUCUAGAAACAUCUUCUGCUAAAAAAUUAACAGACAUAGGAAUUAGAAGAAUAUUUUCUUCAGAACAUGAUAUUUUCCGAGAAAGUGUAAGGAAGUUCUUUCAGGAAGAAGUGAUUCCUUAUCACUCAGAGUGGGAGAAAGCUGGAGAAGUGAGUAGAGAGCUUUGGGAAAAAGCUGGAAAGCAAGGACUGCUGGGUAUCAACAUUGCAGAGAAACAUGGUGGUAUUGGUGGUGACUUGUUCUCUACAGCUCUUACUUGGGAGGAGCAAGCAUAUUCAAAUUGUACAGGCCCAGGUUUCAGUCUUCAUUCAGAUAUUGUCAUGCCCUAUAUUGCAAACUAUGGCUCAAAAGAACAGAUUGAACACUUCAUUCCCCGGAUGACUGAGGGCAAAUGUAUUGGGGCCAUAGCAAUGACAGAACCUGGAGCUGGAAGUGAUUUACAAGGAGUAAGAACAAAUGCAAAAAAAGAUGGAAGUGAUUGGAUUCUCAAUGGAAGCAAGGUGUUCAUCACUAACGGGUGGUUAAGUGACGUUGUGAUUGUAGUUGCUGUCACAAAUCGUGAAGCUCGCUCUCCUGCCCACGGCAUUAGCCUUUUUCUGGUGGAAGAUGGGAUGAAAGGAUUUAUCAAGGGACGGAAGUUGCAUAAAAUGGGAUUGAAAGCCCAGGAUACUGCAGAACUAUUCUUUGAAGAUGUUCGAUUGCCAGCUGGUGCCCUACUUGGAGAAGAGAAUAAAGGUUUCUAUUACCUCAUGCAAGAGCUUCCACAGGAAAGGCUACUAAUUGCUGAUAUAGCAAUUUCAGCCUGUGAAUUCAUGUUUGAAGAAACCAGGAACUAUGUUAAGCAGAGAAAAGCUUUUGGAAAAACAGUUGCUCAUAUACAGACAGUACAGCACAAACUAGCAGAAUUAAAAACACACAUAUGUGUAACCAGAGCUUUCGUGGACAGCUGUCUGCAGCUUCAUGAAAAGAAACGCCUGGACUCUGCUACUGCUUCCAUGGCGAAAUAUUGGGCAUCUGAAUUACAGAACAGUGUAGCUUAUGAAUGUGUACAGCUGCAUGGAGGCUGGGGAUACAUGUGGGAGUAUCCUAUUGCAAAACAGGUUAAUACUCAUGUCAGCAAGAAUGGUGCCCUUCCGUUCUCCUUGUUCAUGUUGGAUCUUCAAGUAUCUUAUGUGUACUGCUUGUUACAUUUUUCCUUGGAAAUCAGAAUUCUUUUAAUGAAUGUCAACAGAGAAAACAUACCAUCAAAUGAUUUCAUGGCUUUACAAUUCAAUGAGGUCAAAAUCAACCCUGGUGACUCACAAGCUUGCUGGAGAUGGAACCCGGAGGGACCACCCCCUUGGGCUAGGCCAAGCGCUCCAUCAGUGCUCUACACCCCUCAGUUCACGUCAUUCACGUUAACCGACUUGUUCAGCUUCACAGACGUCGAACAGAAAACCAAUCAGAACAACGACAAGACAAACCACCUUGGAGUUGGAGGCCCGGAGGCGCCGGGGUGGGGCGGGGGCGCAGCCCGGUGGGCGAGGGGAGGCUGGGCCAGGUGCGGGACUUACGGAGGCUUUCCUUGUUCCCCGGCCAACUACCGGCCCGGGACGCCCGCCGCGGACGGGCCUCGGGCGCCGGGAGCGACGCCACCGACGUUCGCGGGCUGCACACGGCUCGCUCGGGCGGCUCCGGAUGCUUUAUUUAUUCGGGUAAAAUCACACACCGACCCCGACCCCGUCCGGACCAAAAUGCAACGUGCCGGGGGACGCGCGGGCCGGUCGGGCGUGAGCGGGCGCCCCGCAGCGCCGGGCCCGCACUCCGGCCCUCCUUCCCGCUUUACUUUUUCCUGUCACCGUGCUACCCGGCCCUAUGUGUGUCGUCGGGGGAUAUUUUCCAGGCUGGCACCGGGCAGGAGGAGAAAGGGGAUGCCGGAGGCUGGUGGAACCCAGCGGGAGGGGAGCUCGCCGUGA